AAAUCCGGGAAAUGAGCAACCGGAUUUCUUAGCGCAAUUUGAUUCUUUCCGCUUCAUCCGAUGUGAUAGAUAGACAGAUUUGAUAUAUUUAAAUGCAGUAAAAAGCCCAAGCAGUCGACGUUUUACUUCCUCGUCUUCUCAAUGGAUAACCGAAGCGUCGUUGUUUGCGACAACGGCACCGGCUACGUAAAAUGUGGUUUCGCUGGAGAAAAUUUUCCGACAUCGGUGUUUCCGUGCGUGAUCGGGAGACCUAUGUUACGGUACGAGGAAUCUCUCAUGGAACAAGAGUUGAAGGAUAUUGUUGUUGGAGAAGCAUGUGCUGAUUUGAGACAUCAGUUGGAUAUAUCAUAUCCGGUUACUAAUGGAAUUGUGCAGAAUUGGGAUGAUAUGUACCAUGUUUGGGAUCACGCCUUCUACAAUGAAUUAAAGAUUAAUCCUAGUGAAUGCAAGAUAUUACUUACCGACCCACCUCUUAAUCCCUCUAAAAACCGUGAACAAAUGGUUGAGACCAUGUUUGAAAAAUACAACUUUUCUGGUGUCUUCAUUCAAAUCCAAGCUGUUUUAACUUUGUAUGCUCAAGGUCUUCUAACUGGAUUAGUUAUAGACUCAGGUGAUGGUGUCACUCAUGUGGUUCCUGUUGUUGAUGGCUUUUCAUUUCCUCAUCUCACUAAGAGGAUGAAUGUAGCGGGUCGGCACAUAACAGCCUAUCUUGUUGAUUUACUCUCACGUAGGGGGUAUGCAAUGAAUAGAACUGCUGAUUUUGAGACUGUCAGGGAAAUCAAAGAGAAACUCUGCUAUAUCAGUUAUGAUUACAAAAGGGAAUAUCAACUGGGACUUGAGACUACCAUCCUUGUUAAGAAUUACACUCUGCCUGAUGGGAGAGUUAUUAAAGUAGGCACUGAAAGGUUCCAGGCCCCUGAGGCUCUUUUCACCCCAGAUCUUAUUGAUGUUGAAGGUGAUGGUAUGGCUGACAUGGUUUUCCGCUGCAUUCAGGAGAUGGAUAUCGACAACCGCAUGAUGCUCUAUCAGCAUAUAGUUUUAAGUGGAGGGAGCACCAUGUACCCUGGGUUACCUAGUCGGCUGGAGAGGGAAAUCCUAGAUCGAUAUCUUGAUGCGGUUCUAAAGGGAAACAAGGAUGGAUUGAAGAAACUGCGAUUGAGGAUUGAGGAUCCACCACGCAGAAAGCAUAUGGUGUAUCUUGGUGGUGCUGUACUUGCCGGGAUUAUGAAGGAUGCACCCGAGUUUUGGAUCAACAAGGAAGAUUAUUUGGAAGAGGGAAUUAGCUGCCUAAGCAAGUGUGGCCCGGCUUGACUCUUUUUAGCAACAGUUCUCAAUUCUUGUUGGAUGUUCAGUGUUGUUCGCCCUGUGAUUCCAUUCAUUAGCCUAGAAAACCACACACAAGGGUAUCUAAGGUAAGCUGUAUCGUAUCAGUCGACUUGGUUAAACUAUCACCCUACACCAUUUGCUUAUCAGACCGAGCAGCCUCUUGAGUGUUUCUCUCUUAUGUAGAAGCUAUAUAUAGUUUUACCCUACAACAAAUUUUGGUUUUGAUAUGUACUCUAAUAUAUGUCGUUACGGUCAUGGUGUUUUUCCUUUUCAAUGAGGCGUGAGCCUCUGAACUGUACUGUAAUGUGCGUACUUAUUUGAAAAUAAAUGAAUUUGUCAAUAUAUAUAUACCGUGA